AUGGGGACGUCAAAGCGACGGACGCGGAGCUUUGCAGUGACGCAUGACGCUACUCUGUGUGUGGACAUCCGGUGUAGUGAGACGUGGUGGUGUGAGGCAAGUCAAGGCGAUGAGGUUUGCACAAAUUUACCAGGAGCUCGAAGAUCUAACAACACAAUUUCGCCUGGACACCCAAGGAUUCAGCUCCGUGUAGUUAGUUUACAGACGCAACUGCAGCAGCAAUAUAUUCAGCAACUUGAAGUAUCAACUUGUUUUCAAGAUUGUCGACGUCAAUAUUGCAAUUCAGGACCACCGAUCGGAGCUGUCCCAGCCAAAUCGCUCCUGUAG